AGAUCUUUUAUUAGAAUUAUUAUUAUUUAAUUAAUAUUUAAAACGUAUAGUUUUUAAAAUCUUUGCAAAUUUAAAAUCGAUUAAUUUUAUUUAAUCUACCUAAACAAGACAUGCGCAUAAUCUGUUGAAUAAAAUAUUUAAAAUUGCUGAUCAAUUUCAAAUAAUUUACUAAGUUAAAGGACUGAGUUAUCCAUUGUUAUCGAGAUCGAUUGAAAAUUGGUAUAUGGAUGCUUAUGCAUUGAUUCAAAUCGAAUUGCUUCUGUAAUUUCAACGAUGUCAAAAGAAUUACGAUUAUAUAAGAAAUACGCUAGUUUUGUAAAACUUUUUCUUUUCAUUGGUGGAAUGUGUCCAAUUACAAGAGAACUGAAUAUUAUUUAUCGAUACAUACCAAUUUGGGCGAUAUUUUCUUGCUUUAUAGAAUUGUGUGCGGUUGGAAACUCCAGCCUGCAAAAUAUUGAGAAUAUUCCUUUGCUUACUGCUUCACUCAUUCUCUUUGGUACUAUAUUGAAUGUAAUAACAAAGGCUUCCUGUUUUUUCAUCCAUCGAAAAAAAUUACAACAAGUAAAUGAUAUACUCAAUUCCAUUUUAAAAGAAAUAUUGAAUGAAAUAUAUAUAAAAUCAGUAAUUUUAUUCUAUCUUCAAAAGUUUUAUCGAUUGAUUUAUGUACAGACAGUAUUAAUGUUCAUCACUAGUUUCAUUUAUUCAAUAAAACCAAUGAUUAUAAAAUUGUUUUACGAUGCAAAUAUAACGAAUGUACAAUAUCCUUUGCCUCUUCUUGGAACUUUUCCUUGGAAAAUCAAUUCGAUGUUAAUUUGGCAAUUGCAUUAUUUUUUCGAUAUAAAUAUUCUUUGGUUCAUAUUUUUUAUAUCUGUUAGUGUAGAUGCAUUUUUCGGGUUUUGUAUGUUUCGUAUCUCCAUAAUAUUACGUUUUUUGAGUUUUGAAUUUAAGAGAUCUUCAAUUGAUGAUAAAAAUAAAGGGAAUAAAAAAAAGAGUUAUCAGCAAAUCUUUCGAGAAUGUGUCGAAAAACAUGUUUUAUUGUUAAAAUGUCGAAAUAUUAUUCAAGAGAUUUACGGACCUAUCAUUUUAUUAGUGACUAUAACGAAUGCAAUGAGCAUGUGUUCUAUAAUAUUUCAGCUAUUUCAGGUUAAUGGAAUAAAUAUCUAUAAAAUUGGAACAUUCAUGAGUUACCUUAUCUUAAAAUUAAUACAAACAUUUUUAUAUUCCUGGCCCGGAGACGUAAUCUUUACUGAGAGUGAAUUUCUUCGUCGUAAUGUUUAUUGUAGUUGCUGGUAUGACAAGAAUACUAGUUUUGCAAAAUACUUUUUGUUAGUAUUAGCACAGAGGCCAAUUGUUUUGAAGGCAUGUAGUUUAGUACAAGUUACAAUGGAUCUUUUGGCUAAGAUCAUGAAUACGACAAUAUCCUACUAUUUUUUAUUAGAGACUAUGAAUAAUGAUAAGUAGUAUAAUAAUAAUAAUAAUAAAAUUAGUAAUAAUAAUGAUAAUGAUAAUAGAUAAGAUAGAAAAAAAAU